UCGCUCAUCACUAAUCCAAACAAGUGAAAUUUUUAAAAAUAAAAAUUUUGCCCAAAUUAUUUUGUGGCUUCUUUUAUUCUAUUAAAUGGACUUGGAAAAAAUGGCUCUCAAAUCGUUAAGUGCUGAGUCUCCGACACCGCCAAAAAUGUCCGUAUGUGCAAUGCUGGCAUUUCUACUUAUUACUAUUAGUGCUGCUGCUGUGUUAGAAUUUUGUUAUACUAAUCACAGCUUUAAUCUUGAAGUUAAUACGGAACGGCCAGUUACAAAUAAUUCUGAAACUUCAAUAAAAUUUUCAAUGUAUCCUCCUGUUAAAGCAGGGGAAAACCAUCUGCAACACGUAGUGCGAUUGUUAGAAGUAUUAGGAUAUACACAAACUUCAAUAAAUGAACUUGACUGGAAUCUACUUUGGGCUCAUGAAUAUCCUUUUCAAAAUAUCUCAGAAAUGAUGCGACAUCUUUUACCUCAUCAAACUGUAAAUCAUAUUCCCGGAAUAGGUUUUCUUACGAGCAAAGUGGAUCUUUCUACCGCGUCAUUACCAUUUAUGCCUAAAGCCUUCCGUUUGCCACAAGAAAAAGAAGAAUUUUUAAAAUAUACUUCUAUCAAUCCUGAUACAUUAUUUGUGGAAAAGCACAAUAAGCAUAGAUACAUUAAAAUUUGUUCUUCUAAUUCUAUAAAUCUGAGUUCAAGUGAGACUUUUUUGCAAGAAUUUAUUGAAAAUCCCUUUUUGGUCGAUGGCCACAAAUUCGACAUUGGAGUGUAUGCCGUGAUAACAUCCGUCGAUCCCUUGUUAUCAUAUAUAUAUACUGGAGACGUGCUGUUCCGUUAUUGUUCGGAAAAGUAUUUCCCUUUCGAUUCCAAAAAUGUAAAGAAAUAUGUAGUAGGAAAUGACUAUGUACCAACUUGGGAAGUUCCUUCUCUAAUAAAAUACUUUGAAAUAUUUGGUGGGGGUAUGAGAGCUUCUUUCGACGCGUAUGUGCGUGAUCAAUCAAUGGAACCGUCUGUCAUUUGGACGCAAGUUGAAAACAUAGUGCGAGAGACAAUAUUAGCUAAGAAAAAUAAUAUUGUAUUGGCUAUGCGACCUUAUAAAACUGGUAACUUCUUUGAGCUGCUUCGAUUUGAUUUAAUUGUAGAUGAUGAACUGAAAGUUCAUUUAAUGGAGAUUAAUAUGUCACCGAAUUUAUCAUCAGCGCACUUCAAGCAAAAUGCAUUGUUAUAUGAGCAAGUUCUGUACAGCGUUUUCAACCUUGUUGGCGUUGGGUCUCCUCUACGGGCUAAACAAAGCCGUUUAGAUGAUGAAAUUAUAACGUCUGACAAAAAUAUUGCGGUAAACUUAAGUGACUGUGCGAAAUAUUCAUGUCAUAAAUCUUGUUAUAAAUCGGAGUGCAAGAUGUGUUUACCUUGUCUGAAAGGGUCAGAAAUUCAAAUUUUACGAAAGGCGCAUUUUGAGCAUUUGCAUAAAGUAGACAUGAAAAGGAUAUAUCCGAAAGCAGUGGCACACUUUUUUAUAGCCACUAACACAAUAUUCACAAUAAUAUAUAUAAUUAAUAUAUGUAGAUAUUUAUAAAACUUACUCCUAAGCUAUUGAUGACUUAAGGCUGCUUCCUUUGAUCCUUGUUGAUGUUCUGGCUGAUGGCUGAUUAUCCCGCGAUAACUCUAGGUGAAACUGUUUGUCGUUCCUACUUGGUGACUGUAGUUAUCGCCCUUGAAGUUAUCGUCCUUGCUUGGUGAUUGUAGUUAUCAAUUUUUAUUUUUUUUUUUAUUUGUGAUCCCUUCUAGGAAGGUCUAGGAAGGGAGGCUCUUCUAUUCUGGAGGGUCUGGAAUUCAUAAUCGCAGAAUUGAGCUGAGUUAUAAAUUGGUUUUAUUUAUGUUAUUGGCUGUCCAAGCCUUUAUUUAUCGCGGCUCAUCCUUUUCAGGAUAUUUUUAAAAUGCGCGAUUUUGUAUUUCGUAAAUUCGAAACACUCUCGGUUAAUCCUUUAGGAUACUUGUUUUUUUUCUCCUAUUACGUUGAUUGAAGCGCGUGAUUUUUUAUUUCGUGAAUUCGAAACACUCGCGGCUAAUCCUUUAGCAUACUUGUUUGUUUUUCUCCUAUUACGUUGAUUGAAACGCGCGAUUUUUUAUUUUGUGAAUUCGAAACUCUCGCGGUUAAUCCUUUAGGAUACUUGUUUUUUCUCCUAUUACGUUGAUUGAAACGCGCGAGCGCCACGUUGGGCGCCAAUUAUGUUUCCCCGUUUGGGAAACAGUAAAAAAUAUGUUUUGAUCCGCGGCCUCGCGGAUUAAUUAAAACACGAAUUGAGUUAGUUCCGAACUUGGAAAAAGACUGCUCUUUAUUUUCAAUCUUAGCUUAUUUGUAGCAUUUACAAUAUUUAUUUAACAAUUAAUUUCACAAUAAGGCGUUGGCAUUGCAUCAUGCUAUGAUGAAAUGCCAAUGUCUUGGACAAAGAAGUUAUUUGACACUCUUGAAUGGAAUUUUCCAUUCAGAGCGGAAAAAAUAUAUCAAAUUUCAAUUUUUGACAAAGAAAUCAAAUGAGUCGUCAAUUAUGCCGCUGCAUUAUUGCUGAGUUUGCAAAAUUGCAUAAUGAAUCCGCAAGAUACAAAUUAAGAAGAAAUAUUGUUUAUAUUUACUACUGUGCCGCUAUGUGUGGUCUGCCGUUAACUUGCAUACUUCAUGAAUGCAUACAACCGAUUUCUACUGGGACGUAUACACACUAGAGUGGUCCACGAAAUCCUUUUUUUUAUUAUUUAGUGCUCACGCAAACUUGUGCUCCUUUUUCUAAAAAAUGAAAGUACAUAACAUGAUUUAAAAAAAAUAAUAAAACUUAGAGGUAGCGCAAGUCGCAUUUUUGUUUUGCUUAAAAUUACUCGUCCUUCAAUCCGUGCGCACGCGAAAUUCCUCUGGAAAUUUAAGUGUUGUAAGAUCUUAUAAUAUGCUUUCGAGGCCUCUGAAUACACUAGGAGAGUUAUUUUUUCGAUCCGGUUCUUACCUGUUUAGAUAAUACGAAUAAAUAAUAAAAAAAAAGAGAAAAACCCCGCUGGCUGAUGAUGGUUGCUCAGUUGCCAACCGAAAUGCAUCGGUAGAAAAUAAACAAAAAAUUUGAUUUACAAAAUUAAAUUGAGUUUUUAUUUACGAUAUUUGCGGUCAAAAAGGUUAAAAAAUAAAAUUUAUAAAAAACCCGAAAUUGAACUUUAAAUGUGAUUAUUUCUUAGAAAAAAUGUAUUUGAUUUUGCGUCAAUGAUGAUACGUAUAGCCAUAACCUUAGCGAACAAAAUGAGUCAUCGCAGAGGAUUUCGCGUUCAUUACUACUCGAGAUAUCGGCAAAUUAUUGAACCUGAAUCUAGAUGCGUGGCUGAUGCCUGUGCGACGAGUAAUUUUAAGCAAAACAAAAAUAGACUUGAGCGACCUCUAAAUUGUAUUAUUUUUUUUAAAUUUAAAGUUAUGUACUUUCAGUUUUUAGCAAAACGAACACAAGUUUGCGUGAGCACUGAAUAAUAUUAAAAAAAAAAAGGAUUUCGUGGACCACUCUAAUACACACAUAUGCAUAUAUGUACAUAUUUAUGUGUAUGCAUGAAGGAAUAUUUAUUCGGUCCGCCAAAAAUAAUGUGAGCAGGUCAGAGAAGUGUAAUUAUUAGGUACGUUCGUUUAAAAUCUCCGGUAAAAAACAUCCAGCAGAAUAGUACGCAAACAGAAAACUUGCAGACACUUGCAAGUUAGACGAACAGCUGAUGGAAUUUUUGUUUACAUUCAAAAGUAUAAAAGAAUGAAAAAUGAGCGUAAAUAGUUACUGACCCUUUUCAAACAUGAAAAUGAUCGCUCUGCGUCGCAGCUAAUGUAAUGAAUGUUCUACGUAUAUGCUAUCUCCUCGUUUAGGUAUAACACGUUUGUUCAAAAGGUCGGAUGGAUAACUACGUUCCAACUUGUUUUCAGAGCAACUCGUGGAAGUGCUAAAGAUUCGAGGUCCGAGUUAUACAUUUUUUUUAAACGUUCUGAUUUUUACGAAUUUCACUGAAAUUUACAUUGCCGAAUUCAGUAAUAAAUGUACAUUUUUCGUGAAUCCUUUCAUAUGCUUCACAUCUUUUCCGCAAUUCAGAAUCAAGGUUGUCAAGAAUGACGUUGAAGGUGUUUACUUUAGCAAUAGUUAUAUUUCAUUAACAUAAUACACUCUGUCUAGGCCAUAAGUUAUUGUUACGUGUAUUAUAGUGUGGUUGUUUAAUAUUUCUAAGCAUUUUGUCAAAAACAAGAGAAAAGACGCUUGAAUAAAAAUCGCAUAUCGGAUAUACCUCAUCAUCGAA